UUUUAAAAUAUUCUUAUUUAAUUUAAAGUUUAAUUAGUUGUGAGUGAACUUAAAGUUAUUAAAAACAAGUGCAGUGUAAUUAAAUUGUUUUUUUUUUAUUUCAAUGUGCGUGCUAGUGUAAAAAAUCUUUUAUUAUCCGGGUGUCGCUCGAUCUAAAAAAUCCGGAAACGUAAAGACAUUUUUCUUACGGUUAAUUAAUAAUUACAAAGUAUACAAAGAAAAAAUAAGAAUUUUACUGGGAGCUACUGGAUCUGGAUGUGAAAUAAUUGGAGCCGUUUGUCAAGAGUGUGUGUGACAAGACACGAUUGAAUAUAACAAGUGUACGGAUUCAUAAUUAAGUGAAACAACCGAUCAACCUGAGCUGUGGAUUACACGGAAUUUAAGUCUUAGCAGUCGAUAAUAGAAGAAAAUAAUAAUAAAAACCGAAGCGAGCAAAUACGAUCCGAGUCGCGAUGGAGAAAUGGAGCAGGUGCACUGCAGCCGGUGCUCGCUCGAGUGUUCCUUCGACACGAUCGACACAAUGAUCUGAACUGAUGACGAGGCUAUCAGCAUCAGAUGACCUGGACCUCGGCCUGGACCUGGAUCUGGACCUCAUUGGGGCUCCGAGGAUGCAUUGAAUGGAUAUAUGGUGAUAAAUAGUUCCCAUAGAUUCUCAAGGAUUGAUUGAUAGUGUGUUGUUUUGUUUUUUUUUUUUUUUUUUUUAUACAAUUGAGUGGUCAAUUUGUGAUCGUGGAUAUAAAAUAAGUGGGUGUGAUGAAUUGUAGUGAUUGUGAGUAAAUAAGUGGUGGAUGUUUGUUAAAAGGUGUAGCAGUGGUGGAUAAUAUUUUGAAUAAGUGACGACUGUUGAGAGAGGAGUAGAAGUGAAGGAUUAAGUGUUUUGAGACGUAGUUGUAGAUGGUACAGUGAAGACGCAGCAAGAGCAGUAGUAGAAGAAAGAGAUACCAGUAGGGUGUAUAGUAAUCGGUGAAGAGUAAUGUGUUCGAUGGACGAGGAGCGUCUUGCGGGCGGUGGUCCGGGUUCAAGUACUCCAGGCAGUGGAUUCUGCUCGUCACCGAAGAGACAAGACGUCGUGUCGUCGGUGGACAGGCUGGCGGGCGCCGGGGAAAAGGUUCCAAGGGCAUGGCGACCACGCCAAUAGGCGGUCGCCUCCCUAACGUUAACCGCAAAGGAACCUCGCCGUGCGCGGCGGUACCAGCAUCAGCGAUAUCAGCAUCGUUAUCAUCGACAUCAUCGACAACAUCAGUAACAACAGCAUCAACAGCAACAGCAAUAGUAGCAGCAUCAUCUCUGUCAUCGCCAUCGCCAUCAUCGUCAUCAUCGACGCGAAUCGGUGUUUGCGGUGGUAACAGCAGUAGCGCGACGAACAGUACCAGUGUUAGUUCAAGUAGACGGGAUCGUACGAGUAGGGAUCAUCAGGAGCAGCAGAAACGACAGCAGCAGCAGCAACAGCCGCCGCAACAGGGUGAUAAGUCGGUGGCGCGUCGUGAUUCGAAAGCAAGCACAGUGGCUGCUAACGUUGGAGAAACGGACACGGCCACGACGAAUGUGACCAACAACUUCGAGUACGACGACAAUGAAUGGGACAUUGGCAUAGGCGAUCUCAUAAUCGACCUCGAUGCUGAUAUAGAGAAGACGAGGGACGAGAAAUUGAGCUCGGGAAACGGGAUGGCUUCAACGCCUGCCUCGGCAGCAGCAGCCACGACUAAUCAGAAUCACCAGUUACAGCAACAAAACGUAACGCAACAAAAUUCAUCGUCAUCGGGCAUAACUGCCACCGGCAACAACAGUCAAUCUUCAUCUUCUUCGUCGUCGUCGUCGUCGUCCUCGUCCUCAUCGUCGUCGCCGUCCUGCGGCGUUAAUAAUUCAUCAAAUUCAUCAAAUAAUAAUCAAACAAAUUCGGUUAAUUCCAGUAGCGGUAAUCAAAACACAGGCAGUGGUAACGCCAACAGCUCGAGUACUGGUAACGGACCAACUAGUGGUAAGCAACAACCCGGUUCUGUUAACGCGGUACACCUCAACUCCGGCAAUCCCGGAAAAAUGGCUGUUGAACACUCUGCUACCGUUGAUAAAGGCCUCAAAAUGAAGAUCAAACGCACUAAACCUGGAACAAAAACUAGCGAGGCUAAGCACGAAAUUGUCAAGUCUAACGAAAUAAACGGGACAACAACGUCACAAGACGGCAACGGCAAUUCGACCUCAUCAAACUCAUCGACCUCCUCAGCUUCUUCAACGUCUUCGUCAUCAUCAACGUCAUCCCAAAAUUCCGACGUGACCACGAGUAACUCGUCGUCCUCGUCCUCAAACAAAUCAAAACCCCACUCGCCGGCGUCAGCCACCUCAGGACCCCCUGCAUCGUCGACGGCAGGCUCCAAGAGAGGAUCCAGCGGACACAGGAGGGACAAAGCCAGAGACAAGCACGACAAACCGCAGAGUAACAGUCACGGUCCCCAGCAAAAUAAUAAACCCGAGAUGAAUGGAACCGCGAGACCGGUGUCUCAAAGUCAAAAUUCAACGGGUGCAGCCGUUCAGUCCCAAGGACCAACUCCCGCGGCGACAGCACCCCAACAACCCCAAGGCCCACCACCCAGUUCGAGAACUGGAUUUCCCGUUUCACAGGGCGUUGGACCGCCCGCGACAAGUGCCGCUGCACCAUGUCCACCUCCCAGUCCAGCUUCCGCGACGGCUGCCGGCUCUGCCGCCAAACCCGAGCAAACAAAGAUUGCAGCAGUACCUGGACCUACCCUAAACACUACCGUAGACGAGGCCAUGGACACGGCCGCGUGUAGUUCGCCACCCAUGAAAAAGUUGAAAACUUCAAAUUCAGAGCCAAAGGACAUGUCUGACGUUUGUGUCGGAACGAGUGUCGGAACAAUCACAGAACCUGAAUGUCUGGGCCCAUGUGAACCUGGAACCUCUGUGACACUGGAAGGCAUCGUUUGGCACGAGACUGAAGGAGGUGUAUUAGUCGUUAAUGUUACGUGGCGAGGAAAAACGUACGUUGGUACGUUGCUGGAUUGUACGAGACACGACUGGGCGCCGCCACGAUUCUGCGAUUCACCGACGAGUGACCUGGACGCGAGGACACCCAAGGGACGAGGGAAACGUGGCCGGGCAGCCGCUAACGCGACACCUGGAAAUGAUCUCAGCAAUUUCACCGAAACGAGGAGUUCGGUGCACAGUAAACUGAGAAAUGGCGGAAAAGGACGCAGAGGUGCUCAAGGAUCGCCGGCAGCGAGUCCGAGUCCUGCGGCGUUUGUUCCCCCACGACCAGAUCCAGCUGCCAAGCGGAAAUCACGAGGUCCUGAGGAGGAAGAAAAGAGUAAAAGAAGAGCGCCUCCGCCUACGCCGCCCAGCGGUUCGCCGCCAGCAAGUCCUGUGUUAUACGAGUGUCCAGAACCAAAUUGUAGUAAAAAGUACAAAAAUCAAAAUGGACUAAAGUAUCAUCAGAACCAUGCACAUGGUUCUGCCGACGACGAAGACACCAAAGAAGGUGUCACGAGUAUGUCGGAGAAUGAUGAGAGCAAUAUUGAGGCACCGAGUCCGGCAACGCCUGUAAAGUCCCCGGUUGAUAAACCGGAAGGUACACCGGUAAGAGCUACAAGUCCUCCAGCGGCGACGUUACCCCCAGCGACACCUACCCCACCACCGAGAGUCCCAUCGCCUACGGCAGAUCAGCCGACGCCGAUUCUCGCGGAUAAAAGUAGUAUAGUAAAGCCAGGAGUGUUGAGGUUUGGGCAAGACGAUUUGCCAGCACCUGCAGUUGCUGCGACGACGGUGCCACCAGUGACGGCCGUGGUACAACCAAGUCCGAGGCCUCAGGUCCAGCAGGUUUCACCAGCGAAUCCGCCUCCACAGAGUCCGAGCCCUCAUCCAAGUCCACACCCAAGUCCGCACCCAAGUCAGUCGCCCAGGCCUGUGCCAUCACCUCAUCUCACUACAAACAUUCCUCAACCAAUAAAUAUACCUCAGCCUCCUCAACCGAGCCAAGCGGUUCAGCACCAAGCGCAGAAUCAAAUGCUACAAGCGCCUCAAAACUUAACGGGUCAGCCGAUGCAACCUGGACAGUUGAUGAGUCCGCAACCACAGCUGCAACCGCAGCUCCAACCCGCGCAUCAGCUGCAGCCGGUUCAACACCCUGUACAAACGCAACUUGGCCAGCCAGCUCCUGCGCACAUGGUUCAUCAACCAGGUCUUCCACCACAGCAGCAGCAGCAACAACAACAACAGCAGCAACAACAACAACAGCAGCAGCAACAGCAGCAGCAGCAACAACAACAGCAACCACCACCCCAACAACCAAGUCUUCAAGCUUUAAACCAACAUCCAGGUCUUCAAGGUCUCACCACGCAAAUUGCACAGCAACCUGGCUUGCAAAACACCACACCCUCUGGUCAUCCUGUCCAGUCGCACAUGCAGUAUCCUAGUGUUGGAAUCCAUGCCAAGAUGCCACAGUUCAAAGUUAAGCCAACCGCUGCGCUGAUGCCCGAGCAAGACAAAAGCAAAGACCCACGUUCGUCAAAACCACAAGGCUACAAAAAGAAAUCACGUAAAUCACCGGGUGGUAGUCCGCAUCCUUCGCCACUAGAGGCUCCAAUAAUUGACUCUGCGAGAGAAGACGUACAGAGUCCAGCUUACUCUGACAUAUCGGACGACGGUGCGCCAGUAUUAGAGGCUGAAUCUGCUGACAAAUUGAAACAAGGCCAAGAGAAAGAUGUGAAGACGGGAAUGCAAACGCAUGUACCUCCACACUAUGGAAUGUUUCCUUAUUACGGACAGCCACCUUACCUGGUACCCAGUGUACAGGACAAGCCUAAUGAACAAAAACCGAGUGACUUGACACCUAAGCAAGAUAUAAAACCUCUCAAUAUACCGCAAAUGCCUUUGAUGGCGAGUUUACAAAACUCUGAAAAGGACAAAAAAGAAUUGAGUCAACCGCCGCCUCAGCAGCAGCCACAUUAUUACAGUAAUUACGGUGGGUAUAUUCCCCCUGGUUACUCGUAUCAGCCUCAGCCGGUCUCGCAACCGCCUCAGCCGCAGCAGCAGACCCAGCAGGAGAUGAUUGAUCACGAGCAAAAGAAUAAAAUAAAACAAGAAUCUCAGCAGCAGCAACAGCAGCAGCAGCAACAGCAACAGCAGCAGUCGAGUAUAAAAGACAAGCAGCAUGAGAACCACCAAAUACUUAAAGAGAGUAUAGAAAUGAAGAGCCAGAUGAGUCCCUAUCAUGUCUAUCACAACUCGCAGAACCAGAGAGGUCCACCGGUUCCUGGACCAGUUCAAGAUGACAGAAGGUAUUAUCUGUACCCGGGUGAACAGAGGCGGAAAGAAGAAUCGGUGAAGCAACCGCAGCAGUCUAAACCUCCACCCCCGAGUCCAAAGCACCAGCCAAAGCAGGAAAAACCCCAGGACCUCGGUAAAAAUGACGAGUCCAAGAACAAACAGGAAGGAGUCAAGCCGACGAUGGAGACACAGGGACCACCACCACCACCAACCUCGCAGUACGCGUAUAUCCAUCACCCAGGCUACAUGCCUCCACAACAUUACGGCGGAAUACCCUUUGACCCAGGUCAUCCUGUCUACCGCGGACUCAGUCCAAUGUUGGUCCCAGGCCCUUUCUCUGGCAACCCCUACCUCCAGUUGCCGAGGUUUCACGCCCCAGAAGACUUAAGUAGACCUCCUGGUGGCAAAGCUCUCGACUUGCUGCAGCACCACGCGAGCCAAUACUACUCCACGCACAAAAUCCACGAGCUCCAAGAGCGCGCACUGAAAUCACCGACCCCCAAGACUUCUGCCGCCUCAGCGAGUCCAUCCUCUGCGGGUCCCACGCCCUCGAGACCUCCAAGUGGUCCUCCGACGUCAGCUGCCGGGGGACCAGGGCCACCUCCUGGUCAGGGAGGGCCCCAGCAAGGAGGGAAGCAGCAGCCAAGCAAUAACCCCCAGCAACAAGGACCCGGUGACAACAGCAGCGGGAAUCUCGGCAAAGACAGCAGAUCUCCGCCUCCCCAGAGGCACGUCCACACUCAUCAUCACACACACGUCGGAUUGGGCUACCCUCUAAUUGGGGGACAGUAUCCCGCGCCCUAUGGAGCGGCCGUGCUGGCGAGUCAGCAGGCUGCCGCGGUAGCCGCUUCGGUGAUCUCGCCCUUCCCGCCCAAGUGACCCGCGGCCCCCGGUAACGUUCCCGUCGGCACUACCGGAAACUCUGCACAAACCCACCACACGCACUCGGGCACCGCAACCGCUGCUGGUAGUGCGGGACACUCGCACGGGAACCCCAGGCAGCCGUAGGACGGACUUGUGGAGGCAAUGGAUCCAUCAUAUUGCCACCACGAUCAUCACAAUAAUAAUAUUGAUGAUGAUGAUGAUGAUGAUGAUGAUGAUGAUGAUGACUGUGACAGUGUUGAUUAUUAUUAAUCGAGGAUUCUCACUGACACGUGUCAAUCUACUAGCAGUACACCUACACUGUAUAUAUAAUUGAUAAUUAUUGAGUUUAAUUUAAACGCGGGGUCAUGUUCAAGUCAUCCUAGUCCGGGACUACUCCAAAGGUAUACGUAUGUGCGAAAUUUUUUUAGUUAGCCAUUGUAUUACUAGACACAAAUAAUACAUAUACAUUUACAUAUGUAUAUAUUUUUUUUAAUUAUCAUAAAAAAUAUAAAAUAAAUAUACGGUUGCGUAGAGGAGAAAAUCAACCGAGAUCUCUAUAUGCAGCUCAGCAUAAGCUAGGCGAUUACUUAAAUUUAUAAAAAAUUGACAGACGUGGGUAACUUUGGUCCAAAAUAAAAUUUAUAAAUUUUAAAUUUUAUUUUUGUCCGGCUUGCAAUCGAGUUUCGACUCCAAAGAAAUGCAAUUUUCUGGUAAAAAAAAUAAAAUAUUUUUUUCCGGGCCUAAUUACCCGGCCAAAGAUACUCAGGUCGUAUCGUUAAAUAAUUAUUUUGAAAAUAAAAUAAUGAUAUAUUUAAAAAAAGCUGCGAUUCUGGCAUUUAUUUAAAAAAAUAAAUUAGAGGGGGACCACGCAAUUCCAAAGCACCCUGUUUUUAAAAGUAAAACUAAAUAAUUAUGUAAUUUUUAUAUUACCAUUUUUAUUUUUUUAAUUAAAUUAUUUUUUUAGCAACACUUAUAAUCUCUUUUAUUUAAAUUAGCAUGAGUUUUCCGUCAUUAAUCGACUGUGAUUAAUUAUUUAAACCGACAGUUUUUUAUAGUUGACUUGAUUGAGUGAAUAAGAAAAAUAAAAGAGAAUAGAAACGUUUAAUACUCUAAUAAAAAUAAAAAAAAAAAAAAAUUAGAAAGGACUGGGGCCCGGCAACCUCGCCUUGGGGAACCAACGAGUCCUCUUUUGUAAAUAUUGUAUCAAAGAUAUUAAAAUAAUAAUAAUUAAUAAUAAUAAUUAAAUAAAAAACUACACGAUAAGUUAAUGUAUACAUAACUGUAAUGAUAAACUUAUAGAUAUUUGUAUGAAUUAUUAUUUUUAGGGAACAUUUAACAAAUGGUACUACCAUACUAAUGUAUUAUUCACCUGUGCAAAUUAUUAUUACUGUAAUUAUUAUUAUUAUUUUUAUUAUUAUUGUAAUUUUAAUGAUAAUGAGACGUAUAUUACUUCAUUACGGACACUUCACAUCCAUUUAAAUAUAAAUUUAAAAAAAAACUCCUUGUAAAUUGGCUAUGUGCUGAACAAAUAACGGGGAAAAAGCUAUACGUUGAUGAAGUGUCCUGUAAAAUAAUAUCUUAAAUAAUAAAAACUGAGUUUAAAUUAUAACGAGAGGGUAAAGAACAAAGUCUCUUAAUAAAAUGGUGAUUAACGACUUGCUUUUUUUGCUUGGCAAGUCCGGUAGACUGAAAACACUCACGGGUCAGACACUUUUAGCCGUGAGUUUAAACAAAUUAACAAAAAAAAAAAGUAAUCGAUUAUGUUUUAUGUAAAUGAUUAUUUAAUAACGAUUUUUUAACGUCUGUAAAUCAAGUGUGAGUGUGUUUUUGAUGAUAAUACGCUGUACGAAUAAUGUAUUUUACUGUAAAGAUAACUUGCAUACUUUAAUUUCUUUCGAAAUAAAAAUCCGUAAUCGUUAAUUAUUAAAUUUAUAUAGAAAUAUAAAUAUAUGUAAUGAUAGGUAUAUAUUAAAUAAUAAUAAGGUUAUAUGUCUAUAUAUACAUAUAUAUAGAGGAUAUUUGUUAAGGCAGAAAUCAUGAUUCUAAAUAAUUAAGUAGCGUUAAGUAUAAAUUAAUGUAUGAUAAAAGUAGAAUGCUAUUUGUUUACAAAAAUAAUAAUUAAAAAAAUAAAUAAAUAAAAAAAAAAUUAAUAGCUAGUGAUGCGAUAGUAGAUUUUAAAUAUAUAAAUAAUAAUAAUAAUAAAUAUAAAUAAAUAAAAUAAAAUAAAACAGAGAGGCAAAGAAUUAAGUAGUGGAAAAAAUAUAAAGAAAAAUAAAAAAAAAAAAAAAUAACGUAUUAUUAAUUAAAUGUAAAACUAAAUUUAGGACACAUAAUAACUAGGUCGGUAACUAUAAUUAUUAUUAUUAUUAUUUUAUUUUAUUAUUAUUUUAUUUUUAUUAUAAUUGCCAUUGCGAAAUGACAAAAAUGUAUCAACACUUUGCGUAUCCUGUACCAGAAUACGCGGAGUUUAAAUAUUGGACUGCAUAGUGUCGCAAAUGCCAAAUCAAAAAAAAUCUAAAACAGGAUAAAGUAUAAAAACGUAAUAGCAGAGUAAAGUAAACAAGCAUUUGUAUGAAUUUAAAAAAUAUCUAAAUCGGUUUUAAACAGAGGGGUCAGUUUUAAUGACCUCUUUGUCGGCGGAGAAAGGGCUGGGCUUUUAAAGAUAAAUGCUGGUGCUGUGCUGUGAUUUUUAUAAAAAAUAAUUUAAAAAAUAACAAAAAAACAUUUUAAAAUAUUUAACGAAACUAAACGACUUGAUUUAAUUAUUUAUUAUAAUAAUAAUAAUAAUUAAUAAAUAAAAAGUUAUUUUAAAAAAUAAAUAAGCUUUUUAUGAAAAUAUACAGAUAGCCUAAGUACCUGGAUCCUGCCCUAUUGUCUCCGCUCAGGAGUUUUACGAAAUUAAACCAAACACGAUUUUUAAAAUUGUAUAGGCUGUACAAUGUAUUUGCUUUUAAAAUUUAAAUAAAUAGAUUGUUAUUGAACGCAAAGGCAUCAGUUGUCUACAUUCUUUUUUAUCAAUGUAUCAAAUGCUGUAAUAUUUUGUCAUACAUUAUAAUUUCCUGCUGCUAUUCUCUGCUAAAAUUUAUAUUCUACAGUUCUAUUGCCUACAUAUAUGUAAAAUAUAUAAUUUAAUUCCACUAUUGCCUACUUAAAAAAUAUUUUAUGAUUUCUGUAUUCUCAAAUUAAUGUAGAGCUCUUGAUCUUGCUAAGAAAAUUUUGUACUUGUUAAAGAAAUGAUCAAUGUUCAAGUCCGAGCACUUGAGAAAACAAACCCAGUCUUCUUAAUUAUAAUUUACCCUAUGCAAAAUAAAAUACUGAGUUAAAUAUCACAGUCGAUGCAGAGAAUGACCGGAGAGUAACCAAUUUCUGAUGAAAACUCAAGUUUUUUAGAUCAGUUGUAUUUUUCUCAAGUGAUCGUCUUGAACUUUGAUCAUUUUAUUUAUUCAAUUUUUCAUGCCAAGGCACAGACCGAAAUGUGUACAGAUGAUCUUACAAUAGUAUAAAAAUUUUAAGUGAUAAAACAACAAUAAUACAAACAACUUUAAUUAAUUUUCGUUAAUUUAAAUCUAGAUUUAGCAAAUAAUCAUUUCUCCUAAAAAAAAAAAAACUUGAUUUUCUCAGCACAGUCACGAGCUUUUCUACAUUAAUUUGAGUAGACAUUAAAUAUUUUUAAGUAGGCAAUAAAACCGUAGAAAAUAAAUUUUAGUAGACAGCAGUAAGAAAUUAAAAUAUAAGAAAAAAUAUUAUAAGGAUUUGAUACAUUUAGCAGAAAUAAUGUAGACAACUGAUGCCUUGCUAUUGAUUAUUAAUAAAAGGAAGUUAAUUGCUGAUUAAUAAAAAAAACAGUGAUAAAUUUCCUAUGACAUUUAGCUAUUUUUAUUCGGUUAUACCCUCGCAUCAAAGCCUUAUUGUACCUACGAAGUUAAUAGAGGAAAUAUAAAUAAUAAAGUGCGUAAUAAAUAAAUCCUUGUAAUAAAUAAUAAUGUAAUUAGAAAAAAAAAAUAUUAAGUUAAAUACGAAUAAUUCCAUUUAUAUAUUAAAUAAAUAAAGUUUAAUAUUGAGGUAAAUAACACGUGCGUGGGGAUUGUAAUUAAACGAAUUAUUUAAAUCGUAACAUGACUGAGAAAUAUAUUAUAAUAAUAUUGUAACUGACAAGCUGAUUAUUUUUAUUGUUUACUUUUUUAGAAUAAAAUAUUGUACUUGUGCUUUGUAUAAUAACUCUAAAAGGUAACAAAAAUAUCAACAUAUUAAUAAAUUGAAAUAAAAUUAAUAACGUACAGAAGCAAAUACAGAAAUACAGACAUCUCGUCGUUAAAUUGUAAGAUAUUGUGUUCAGAUCCAGAUCAUGUACUCUGAUUCCCUUUCCAGACAAUUAUGAUUAUUAUUAUUAUAUAUAUUAAUAAAAUAUAUUGUGCACUAUGCUCCGACUUGUCCAUACAAAUAAAAUAUAUUGAAAAAUCUCAA